AUGAACGCCUCCCAAAUUGAAACCGUCUACGACUGUGUGGUGUAUCAAAGCAGCUCUGGAACCCUCAAGCUAAAUGAAGAGCACCUAAGCUUUCACACAGACCAAAAGGUCUCGAUGCUGCCCUGGAAGAAGAUCGUGGGUCGUCAAGUAAGUUCCUCGCACAUGAAGCCGAUGUUCAAGCUCGUCCUCAAGAGUGGAAGUGAAGCCAUAUUUCAAAUGCAAGACCGUGUCAGUCUUGAGGUUGUACGCGAUGAUCUUGGAGAGCGCAUGAGUUCGUGGCAAACGCUUCAUGUCGUGCCACCUUCUACCGGCAGCCACGAGGAAACGGUGCCUGCAGCCUUCCGAACCCCAAGGGCUCAGGAACAUCUGAAGAUCCCCACCUCGAUUCGCAAAGGUUCAGGAUCUGAAGAAGUGGUCAACAUGACCGGAAACACCGUUUCGGAACGUCUGAGCACUCCUUACCGCAUGGUAAAUCCUCGAGUGCUAUCUGAAGUAGCACCAUCCAAGGGCAAGAAACAAACCAAACGGCGUCAAAGCAUGCCAGAGCAGUCAACCAUGAAAGGGAAGGAAGCCAACAUAAAACAGACAAAAGAACGGUCCCAGCAACGAAGAGCUUCAAGCAUGGGACCACCACAAGUCAGCAGUGCCAGCAGCAAGGCCGAACCAACGCCAACAAGGAAAAGUAGUGUCAACCAGCAGGAUGCGAUCAAAGCGGUUACAGGUCAGUUGGCUCCAGCACAAUCCAAGAGCAAGAAACAACCCAAACGGCGUCAAAGCAUGCCCGAGCAGUCGACCACGAAAGGGAAGGAAGCCACCCCGAAAGAUGGGUCGCCACAACGAAGUGCUUCGAGCAUGGGACCACCACGAAAGCCGCAGAGGCAAGGUAGUAGCAAAAAGCUGGAUGUGUCCCAAGAGACCACGGGUCGAUCUGCCACGCCCCGAGCCACCAAGAAAGCAACAGCUUCGAGCAACAAAACUACACGUCGACGAAGCCGCCGUUCUUCGGCCCCUGACUUCACUACCAAGAGCAUGCGACGCAGCAAUGUCGUUUGA